UUUCAAGCCACCAGAGAAGUAAAGAAGAAGAAGAGGCUGCGAGCUUUAAUAUAAAGAAAAGGACGAACAUGGCGGAAGUUGAGCGGAAGUCUGAUGUUACGAAUAUUGACGCGGGAGUUAAAAGUCCGUGGCGCUGGAAGAAACUGUUGAUACAACAUAACUAAGUCUUGUGUUUAACAAGAUUGAUGUACCUGGCUUUGCAAAAUAUAGGAUUUGCCGCGCCGCACUCAAAAGAUCACGUUGCUGACAAGAAGCUGGUUAACAUCCAGAAGGCAAACUGUCCAUUACCAGAAAGGACAUCCGCAGCGAUGCCAAAUUACCUGUGGACAGCGUUCAGGGCCCAGAUAAGCACAACUAUGGACACAGUCCUCAGAUCCGCCGUGUUGGAGAUCACAGAAAUCUUUUCCAAAUGCAUGCGUGAGUAUUGCAUGGAGCUGACGGCCAAAGACGAGAUGAUAGCCCUGCUGGAGAUGAAGUUGCAGACAACGCAGCAUUUGCUGAAGGAACGCAUGGACGCAGGCGGAUGUGACGCAACAGCAGCGGGCGACACCACACCAAAGUGUGAUGAUGAGCAGGAAGGGGAGGACAAAGAGGCCUUGGUAACUUCAUGUGAGAUGCCAUCUGAAGUUCCUGCUGAGUGUAGCUUGGAGGACGUGACCAAAGACUCCAGUACUGUUUGUCCCGUUAGACUGCGCCACUUCUCCAUUCCACUGCAACCAUGUCCACUCCCACUCGGCAAAAGUAAGCUGCAGAGCCGCCAGCGUUCAAAGAACGCAACAAAAAAAGGUUCUUUGCUAAAAAAAAGUCCAAAAGAUUCUGAGGACAAACAUCUGACAAAAGGUUCUUUGCUAAAAAAAAGUCCAAAAGAUUCUGAUAGCAGACAUCUGACAAAAGGUGAGCAAAGACGUCAUUUACCAGGAAGAAAACACAAAAGGUUGCUCCCGGAUGAUAAUAAGGAGGCAAGUUUAGAGCGACCGGUGAAAACGGCGUGUCGCAGAAGUGCGAGACGUCUAGCAGGAGAAGAGCAGCAGCACCCGGCGGGAGACAAGACACCGGGAGCAGAAAGCGGAACAAGUCUGACUGUAGAACAGGUGACAGAUGAUAAAACAACAGAGCUUGACGUCAAGUGGAUGGCACCGAUAGAAGACCCCGAGGAACUAGAGCUGAGCAACGGUCCAAGCCAAGGAGCAGAUUGCAACUGGGCUCCAAAUAAAGUCCAGAGCAAACUGCCAUGGCAGGACAUGGGUGAGCGGUGUGGCACUGGCUUCAUCUGCUUGGUGUGCAGGAAGCAGGUGGCCAGCAGGCUUGGCUUGAUUGCACACUUUCGCAUCCACACGGGGGAGAAACCCGUCCACUGCCACACGUGUCCCAUGGCCUUCCGCACGUCCUCCCAGUUGUGCAGGCACAACAAGAGGAUGCACCCUGCCCUCAAAGGACCUGCGUCUUAGCCAUGUGGGAGGAGUUCCUUCACAGUUGUGUAUGAGCGAGCGUCACAAGGACCUUGCAGGUCUCUGCCAGUCUUGUGGGAAAGUGUUCCACACCACAGCAUAACUCACAACAAAGUCAUAUCUGUCUCAGGAAGCAAGUCAGCAGUUCUUCUUCUUUUGUUUUGCAUGUUUGUUAGGUUGCCAAAUGUUUGUGUCUAACUCAGUUUCUUGGUGGGUUGAAUAA